AGGAUGCAGCUUCGAUGGUUGCUAGGGGCGUGUCUGUGGUUGCUAUGCAUCGAAGAGGUUCGGACAACAACCUUCAAGAUCGCCUUGGUCGGUCCGUGGUCAUGUGACCCGUUGUUUUCCCGGGCGAUGCCGACAGCAGCGGUCACGCUGGCGUUGUCCAGGUUACGGACUGACACCAGUAUGAGCAGAGGGUACUGGUAUGAUGUCAAAGUGCUGGACGAGGACUGCUCCGCCUCCAAAGCUCUGACCAACUUUGGGGACUUUGAAGGUUACGGCUAUGCCUACAUUGGACCCUUUAACCCCGCCCUCUGUCACUCUGCCUCCCUAAUGACUGAGCAUUGGGAGGCUGGACUCGCCUCUCCCGGUUGUCUAGAUACUGACUGGCCAAACCUGCCGCCACUGACUCCUCCCACCAGAGUCCUGUUCACCGUGCUCAGAUUUUUCGGCUGGGCGCAUGUCAGCAUCAUCACAGCUGCCUCCGACCUUUGGGAAAGCACCGGACAGGAAGUGGCCUCUGCGCUCCGGGCUAUGGGUUUGCCGAUUGGGCCGGUGGUUACCAUGGAACCAGGCAGCAAAGGCAGGGCUCGGGAGGCACUGAAGGAAAUCAGAGAAGCCGACAAGGUCAAAGUGGUCAUCAUGUGCAUGAGCUCUGUCCUGAUUGGUGGAGACGAUCAGAGGGAGCUACUGCUGACCGCCCUGGAGAUGGGGAUGGUUUCCAAUGGUUACGUGUUCAUUCCCUACGACGCCCUGCUGUCUGUGGCUCAAGCUCUGAAGAAAGGGAAACCAGUCCAACCUGAGCAUUAUUCGGACUGCACCCUUUACUUCAGCGACAUUGUUGGAUUUACAACUAUUUCUGCUCUGAGCGAGCCCAUCGAGGUGGUCGACCUGCUGAACGACCUCUACACCAUGUUUGAUGCCAUCAUUGCUCUCCAUGAUGUGUACAAGGUGGAAACUAUUGGAGAUGCCUACAUGGUGGCUUCAGGUGUUCCCAACAGGAAUGGGAAUCGACACGCAGCUGAAGUGGCCAACAUGUCUCUGGACAUCCUGCACUCGAUAGGAGCCUUUAAGAUCAAACACAUGCCCGAGAUUAAAGUCAAAAUCCGCAUCGGACUGCACUCAGGUACACCUGUCCACCGUUAUCUGCUCAUUCAGUACCAGGACGUCAGGAGAGGGUUCAUUUAUCAGUGUAACUACUAUACUGUCAACUUUCCUCAUCUGAAGAACCCAGA